AUGGGUUCCAGUAACUACCGCGGAGGAUCCCAGAGGUUGAAAGACUUGGCGCAACAGCUUAGUAUCUACAAGCCUCUUCACCCUCUAAACGACACCAAAAACAAGAAUCCCAAUGAAGACCCAACAAUUCGAGACACAUCAGAUAAGUUGUUUCCCGAAGAAUUCGAUUCGAACACCGAAUCUGCGACAAACCCAAUUGCGAACCAAUCUGAAAGAUUGAGAUCCAACAGAGCCGCAGUUCUGAUCUGCAUCUUCGAAGGCGAAAAUGGUGAUCUUCGUGUAAUUCUCACCAAGCGAUCUUCAACACUUUCGUCUCACUCUGGAGAUGUUUCGUUGCCUGGUGGGAAGACAGAGAAAGGCGAUGUUGAUGACAUUGAGACGGCGUUGAGGGAAGCUAAGGAGGAGAUAGGGUUGGACCCUUCACUUGUCAAUGUUGUUACUGUUCUUCAACCCUUUAUAACCAAGCGUGGUAUGACGGUAGUUCCUGUGAUGGGCAUACUUUAUGAUAAGCAAGCAUUCAAACCUGUUCCAAAUGCUGCAGAAGUGGAAGCCAUUUUCGAAGCUCCAUUAGAAAUGUUUCUCAAGGAUGAAAAUCGAAGAGCAGAAGAGAGAGAAUGGCUGGGGGACAAGUAUCUGCUCCAUUUCUUCGAUUAUGAAGCAGAGAAUAAGAAGUAUGUCAUAUGGGCCUUAACUGCUGGAAUUUUAAUCCAGGCUGCAUCAAUAGUGUACCAGCGGUCACCAGAAUUUCAAGAGCAGAAGCCUAAAUUUUGGAACAGAAGUGGCCUCUGA